AUCUAGCAUGCAAUCAUGGCUGAAGGCAAUGAUUUAUCUUUUUCGUCUUCCUCAGGCUCAGAAUCAUCAGAGGAUGAACCUCAAGCUAUAGUCCUAGAUAAUGGGUCGGGCAUGUGCAAAGCUGGUUUUGCUGGAGAUGAUGCUCCUAGAGCUGUUUUCAGUACGAUCAUCGGUCGUGAUCGCUUUCAAGACUCGGCAUAUCCCUCAAUGGUAGGAGUAGGCAGAAAAGAUCAUUACGUUGGAGACGAAGCACAGUGCAAAAGAGGGAUUCUCUCUUUGACCUAUCCAAUGGAGCAUGGUAUCAUCACGAACUGGGAUGACAUGGAUAAGAUAUGGGAUCACGUAUUCAAGUAUGAACUACGUGUAUCACCCAAAGAUCUGCCCAUUCUUUUGUCUGAGGCGUCGCUCAGUCCCAAGGCUCACCGUGAGAAGAUGGCCCAGGUCAUGUUUGAGUCAUUUAAUGUCCCAGGUUUUGGCGUAGCAAACCAAUGCCAGCUAUCAAUGUAUGCCUGUGGCCGUAGUAGAGGAUUUGUAAUGGAGUCUGGAGAUGGUGUGACACAAACUAUGCCUGUUUAUGAUGGGUACGUCAUCAGUGGGGGUGUUCAACGCUUUGAUAUUGGAGGACGGGAUAUAACUAACUUCCUUGCUAGAACAUUAUCUAAAAAAGGACACUACUUUGCUUCAACAACUUCCGGAAGAGAUGUCGUACGUCACAUAAAGGAGGUUUCAAGUCACGUUUCUCUUGAUUCUGAUGUAGAGCCUUCAGAUCCAAAACCUUACGAGUUACCUGACGGACGAAUUGUUAGCCUAGACAAAGAAAGGUACCUCUGUCCAGAGGCUCUUUUCAAACCAUCUUUAAUAGGCAUGGACUCUCCAGGCAUCCACCAGUUUAUCUAUGACUCAAUCAUGAAGUGUGAUGUCGAUUCACGUGCAGAUUUUUUCUGUAAUAUCAUUAUAACAGGAGGCAAUACCAUGUUUCCAAACAUUGAGGAAAGGCUGAGGAGGGAGAUUAAAAGCCUUGCUGCUGCUUCUCGUCCUAAUCUUCGGUAUAUUAGGAUUGUUGCUCCUCCCGAACGCAAGUAUUCUGUAUGGAUUGGAGGCUCUAUUUUAGCAUCUCUUUCAACUUACCAGAACUACUGGACUACCAGACCAGAAUAUGACGAAUUUGGACCUUCCAUUGUUCACAGAAAGUUUUACUAGCAUCAAUGAUGUAGCUUAGAUUAUUUAUUAUUAUGCAUUAUUACAUUUUAUUUAACUUUUUAAAGCAUUGGAUACAACAGUCCUAGUAAUAAUGAUUAUUUUUAUUAAAACUUUAUAAUGAAUUUAUGACACUAAAAUAAAACUUGAAAUACAAAAAUAAGCACAAGUUUCAACAAUGAAG